AUGGGCGGUGCUGAGAAAGUUCGCAGUUCGAAUCCAGCGCAACACAGACGCCAGAGGAGGAUGUGUAAGUGCGGAAUGGUGGAUGAGGAGAAUUCCAAUUUCUUCACGGGUACUGUGACUUUGCAACCGGACCAGUUCAAUGUGAAAUUGAACAUGACAUAUGAUGUCGGGAAAGACGUUCAUAUAAGGAUGUGGAUACCUAGAACGGACCGAAAGCUGAAAGUCAGAUACGCAGACAUAGACAUGAACCCGCUCCCCACAGGACCAGAUACAGUGAAUGGCGCAGCAGUUCGAGCUACUAUUUUCGGUGGCACUCCAGGAGCUAAUCUAUCAAUAGACAUUUGGGACUGUGAAGGUGGUGAGGUCAAGCUGUACGAUGCAAAGCAAUGGCAACAAAUGACAAUGCUGGUGACACCUUCUUUGUACCGUUUUUCUGUGCAGAGAACAGUACGACAACGGCUCAGUGUGCAGCUGGAACACAGAGCAAGUACCAUGUUCAGUUCACGUCUUCUGAUGGGCUCUCGGAGAUGCGCUCGUUUGUAUGCACCAAAAGUAGCAACGAUUACGCAGCCAACUGCCGUCAAACGAACAGCAAGGGAGACUUCGAGUGCAGCCAAGCGCUCAAGCCAUUUUACAGAGGACCAUCUGGCAAGCUGCGGGACUGCUCUGACAGAGGACAUCUCUUCUAUGACGACUCUAAACGCACCUACAUUUGUGAAUGCGAUCCUGGAUUUACUGGAGAAUCUUGCGAAACAG